CUAGCUAUGAACAUGCAUCUCUCUUUAUCUCUCAGUAGUUGUAUAUGUGCAUGUAACUGAGGGAAUACUACGGAAUAUAACAGGUAAUGUGUCUGCAGGUUGACGCACCCUUCACACAAACCUCUCCACGCCCUACCCGGCCGCUAAGAGAAUGAGUUUUCAGUCCUGGAACCAUCCUGCGGCGGUGCAGCAUAUUGUGCGCAAUGAACAAGCCAUAGUCGACAACCUUACUGAAGAUAACGCGACAAGGGUGUUGGCUAGCAGAAGGACAGCAGAGGGCGAACAGUUGUACUUAGUCUAUGAUCAGGGUAGUGCUGGGACUAGUCCCCCAAAUAAGCUGCUCGUCAAGAAGUUCCACAAUGCGAACCCAGCGCUACAAGUAGACGGCAAUGUCAUGUACCGCUGCAACUCGGAGAUGUUCCUGUUAGCCAACAUUUCUCACAAAAACAUCAUCAAAGUUGUAGACCAUAUCCAGAGGGAAGACGCAAUCAUGCUCAUUUAUGAGUAUCCGGUUCAUGGAAGCCUUCGAUCCUGGCUGCACCAACCCAUGGAUGCCGGUCGGCACCUGAGCUGGCCGGACAGGAGGGGCAUCGCCAUUGGUGUGGCCAGAGGGCUCCGCCAGUUACACCACAGAUGCAACAAACUGUUUGUCCACCACAACAUCAACUCUGAAAACAUCUUGCUUGAUCAGAAUUUCAAGGCCGUGAUAGCCAGCUUUGGCGCUGCACAGGUUAACAUGGCGGGGCUCGGCCAACCCUUGCCAAUCACGGACCUGCGUCCUGGUAACUUUGGGUACGCAGCUCCAGAAUAUGGGUUGGGGAAAAACCAGCUGACGGAGAAGGUAGACAUUUACAGCUUUGGAGUGCUGAUGCUGGAGCUUGUCACAGGGCGGAUGACCAAUGAAGCUACAACAGAUGGUCAUUUGGCGAAUUGGGCACAGAACAACUUCCGUACACUGAUGGCGAACCAACAGGAAGCAUUCCAGAAUGUUGUGGACAGGAGCAUACCAGAUCAAGCACGGUACAGGGAGGAGAUGGCAACUGUGUUCAUGCUGGGCGUGGAUUGCACUACUGUGGAUCCGAAGGAAAGGCCAUCCAUGCGGAUGGCUCUCAAACGACUCCGCCGCUGCCGUUGGCGUGCCCCAUUCCGUGGCCUCCUCACCGGCUUUCUGAUGUGACGCUCGUUGUUUUUUUUUUUUUGAAAGAACAUUCACGCAUGCAUGUAUGGACCAUAUGAUGACUCGUUUGAACU